AUGGCACCUGCCGAACCCGAAGAGGAGUCGCUGGACCAAGAGAUCCUCGACGCAUCUAUCGACGAAAUUCAAACACGUACACGUCUGCUUGAGAACGACGUCAAGGUGAUGCGCUCCGAACACAUGCGUCUGAUGCACGAACAGUCAUCUAAGCGCGACAUGAUCAAGGACAACUCGGACAAGAUCAAGCAGAACAAGAUGCUUCCAUACCUGGUCGGCAACGUCGUCGAGAUCCUCGACAUUGAUCCGGACAUCGAUGAGGAGUCCGAGGAAGGUGCCAAUGUAGAUCUGGAUGCGAGGAGGAAGGGCAAGUGUGCCGUGAUCAAGACGAGCACACGCCAAACGAUCUUUCUACCCCUGAUCGGUCUGGUGCCCGCGGAAGAGCUACGUCCAGGUGACUUGAUUGGUGUCAACAAGGAUAGCUAUUUGGUGCUUGACAAGCUGCCCGCUGAAUAUGACUCGCGCGUCAAGGCAAUGGAGGUCGAUGAGAGACCUACCGAAACCUACACCGACAUUGGAGGUCUGGACAAGCAAAUCGAAGAGUUGGUCGAGGCGAUCGUGCUACCUAUGCAGCAAGAGCAGAAAUUCAAAAAUUUGGGUAUUCGACCACCCAAGGGUGCACUCAUGUACGGUCCGCCUGGUACAGGCAAGACGCUUCUAGCGCGUGCAUGUGCAGCUCAGACGAACGCAUGCUACCUGAAACUCGCCGGACCAUCGCUGGUGCAGAUGUUCAUCGGUGACGGUGCCAAGCUCGUACGCGAUGCGUUUGAAUUGGCCAAAGAAAAAGCGCCCGCGAUCAUCUUUAUCGACGAGCUGGACGCGAUAGGAACCAAACGAUUCGACUCGGACAAAUCGGGUGAUCGCGAAGUACAGCGAACCAUGCUGGAACUGCUCAACCAGCUCGAUGGAUUCUCGUCGGACGAACGCAUCAAGGUGAUCGCUGCUACCAAUCGAAUCGACAUCUUGGACCCCGCACUCCUGCGUUCAGGCCGAUUGGAUCGCAAAAUCGAGUUCCCCUUGCCGAACGAAGAGGCGCGCGCCAGAAUUAUGGAGAUCCACAGCAGGAAGAUGGCCGUCGGCCCUAACGUCAACUUUGAGGAACUGGCUAGGUCAACAGACGAGAUGAAUGGCGCUCAGUUGAAGGCGGUCUGCGUCGAGGCAGGUAUGAUUGCUUUGAGGGAGGGUGCAACCAUUUUGGAUCACGAGCACUUCCAUGGUGGAAUCCAGGAGGUCCAGGCUAAGAAGAAGAACGACCAGUUCUACUUUUCCUAA